AUGAGGAUUCACCUACAGCCUCGGAGGAGACUACAAGGUAAGCGACCCUCAGGUAAUUUGAAUAUUGUCUUGUUGUCCUUGCCUGCUCACCAUUUCCAUUUCAACAAUAAAGUAGCCCAUGGGCUACUCGAACUUCCAGUCACCGUCGCCGCCGCCGCCGCCGCCGCCGCCGCCGACGAGAACGCCUCCGUGGAGAACCGAAGGUGCCAACUAAAGGACACAGUGAAGUCGACCGCCCUGACUGUCCUCGGUCGCGCAUGCUGCCAAGAUCAGGACUGGUGCGACGACGACGCCGCCAUCAGCAACAUGUUCGCCGAAAAGAACCGCCUGCACAAAGCCCACGUCGACCGCCCCACGGACGACAACAAACCAGCCUUUUGCAGUAGCCGCCGCGUCGUGCAACAGCAACUGCGUGAAAUGCAGAACGCUUAG